GGUGGGGUCAUCCAGGCGCAGGCGCAGUGCGGUGUUUGUCUGCCGGACUGACGGGCGGCCGGGCGGUGCGCGGCGGCGGCGGGGAAGAUGGCGGCGUCCUCCCUGGAGCAGAAGCUGUCCCGCCUGGAAGCAAAGCUGAAGCAGGAGAAUCGCGAGGCCCGGCGGAGGAUCGACCUCAACCUGGAUAUCAGCCCCCAGCGGCCCAGGCCCAUUAUUGUGAUCACUCUAAGCCCUGCUCCUGCCCCGUCCCAACGAGCAGCCCUCCAGCUCCCACUGGCCAAUGAUGGGGGCAGCCGCUCACCGUCCUCCGAGAGCUCCCCACAGCACCCCACGCCCCCUGCCCGGCCCCGCAACAUGCUGGGGCUUCCGCCAACCUUGUUCAUGCCCCGCAGCAUGGAGAGCAUCGAGAUUGACCAGAAGCUGCAGGAGAUCAUGAAGCAGACGGGCUACCUGACCAUCGGGGGCCAGCGCUACCAAGCAGAAAUCAACGAUCUGGAGAACCUGGGGGAAAUGGGCAGCGGCACGUGCGGCCAGGUGUGGAAGAUGCGCUUCCGGAAGACGGGCCACGUCAUCGCCGUCAAGCAAAUGCGGCGCUCCGGGAAUAAGGAGGAGAACAAGCGGAUCCUCAUGGACCUGGACGUGGUGCUCAAGAGCCACGACUGUCCCUACAUCGUGCAGUGCUUCGGCACCUUCAUCACGAAUACGGAUGUCUUCAUUGCCAUGGAGCUCAUGGGCACGUGCGCUGAGAAGCUCAAGAAGCGGGUGCAGGGCCCCAUCCCCGAGCGGAUCCUGGGCAAGAUGACGGUGGCGAUCGUGAAGGCGCUCUACUACCUGAAGGAGAAGCACGGCGUGAUCCACCGUGACGUCAAGCCCUCCAACAUCCUGCUGGACGAGCGGGGCCAGAUCAAGCUCUGUGACUUUGGCAUCAGCGGCCGUCUGGUCGAUUCCAAGGCCAAGACGCGCAGCGCUGGCUGCGCCGCCUACAUGGCCCCGGAGCGCAUAGACCCCCCGGAUCCCACCAAGCCAGACUACGACAUCCGGGCCGAUGUGUGGAGCCUGGGCAUCUCCUUGGUGGAGCUGGCGACGGGACAGUUUCCCUACAAGAACUGCAAGACAGACUUUGAAGUCCUCACCAAAGUCCUACAGGAAGAGCCCCCGCUCUUGCCCGGCCACAUGGGCUUCUCAGGGGACUUUCAGUCCUUCGUCAAAGACUGCCUUACUAAGGAUCACAGGAAGAGACCAAAGUAUAAUAAGCUACUUGAACACAGCUUCAUCAAGCGCUACGAGAUGCUGGAGGUAGAUGUGGCAUCCUGGUUCAAGGACGUCAUGGCGAAGACUGAGUCACCGAGGACUAGCGGAGUCCUGAGCCAGCACCACUUGCCCUUCUUCAGGUAGCCACGUGGUGGCGGCCAGCCCCACCGGGGGCCAGGGGCAUGGCCACAGGCCCCCCUUCCCCACCUGGCCACCCAGCUGCCCACCAGGGGAGACCUGGGACCUGGACAGCUGCUGAGGGCUGAGGACAGAAAGUAGGGGGUGCCGACCCACCCCCAGCCCCCUGCCCACCAGCCGUGGACAGAUGGGCUCGCCAGGCCCCAGCCCUUCCCGUCCCGGGGUCAGCCGGCCUCCCGGGGUCAGCCGGCCGUGCGCGUCCCCCUGACAGACACUGUGAACGGAAGACAGCAGGCCACGAGCAGACUCGCUAUUUAUUCAGUCGUAACCUCUGGGCUGGGGCGGCCCCCAGGGGCCGGGAGAGAGCCGCCCGUCCCGCCCCUCCCCCCCCCACUCGCCGUGUGCUGUCCCCUCCGCCUCCCUCUGCAGACAUGCUCCCUGCCUCCAUCCCCCCUCGCUCCCAUCCCCUGUCUACCUCUCUGGCUUUCCCCAUCUCCCUCCCUGCGUCUGCCUCUCUCCUGGCCGGUACCUGGGCUCCCCCUGCCAGCCCCCCCUGGGGGACUCCUGGGUCCAUUUGGGUCUCCGGCAGUGGCGAGUCCGUCAGCUGGUGUCCUCGCCCCAGGAAGGCAGGCUGGGCGUUACGACUGCAGCUGGGCCUGGGCUGGUCUCUCUCUCUCUCUCUCUUUCUCUUUCUCUCUCUUUGAUCUCAGGGGGUCCUUUUUGGAGUUUAUUGUAUUUUAUUGUACUUGGUGGGGUGUUUGGGGUGGGGGGGCAAAGAGCUUGUUCUCACGGGGUUUGUCGGUACCUUCAGAAACUUUUACCAAAGUCAUGUUUAGCUGCUUGUGGUGGAGUCCCCUGACCGCCUGUGGGCACAGGCGUCUGGGGCCGGGGUGCGGGGCCGAGCCCCAAAGGUGGGCUCUGGGGGGCUCCUCCUCCCUCGGGGCCAGCCCUCGGGGCUGGAGACUGGCCACAGCUCGGGGGGGUGAGUUGAGGACCUCAGGGGGCGUGGAGGGAGCCCGAGGGGCCGUGGCCACACGGGGUGGCCUUCAGGGAAGGCGGGUGCAGGGCACGGUGAGGGCAGCGGACGCUGCGGCGGCAGGGAGGUGGUGGAGGGGGUCAGUGGCAGGAGCGGGGCCCCGGGGCCCCGGGGAGGCAGGGAUCGAGGGUGCAAGGGGCGGGUGUGGGGGUUCGAGGACGUGUGACAGGACAGAGGUGGGGCUGGCUGAGGGCUGGGCAUGUGCAGGCAGUCACGCCCUUGGAGUGCCCCUGAGCGCCCCUCGACUCCCCCAGAGCUGGCCAGUCCGCCCCGCGCCCUCUGCAGCAGCUGGAAUGGGAGGGGGUGUGUUUCCUUUUUGUUGGUGAUGCAUGCAAAUUAAGUGGACAACAAAACAAAACAAAAAAACAAAAACAGAAACCCACAGAACCACAAAACCAACCAACACCAAAGGUGAGGAACUUGGCCGGACGGAGCGGACGCAGUCUAGGCCUAGGCAUCGCUGUAUCCGGUCUGUCCUGCGGACUCUCGUUCUGCUCCAAACUCACAAAAC